AUGGGAAUUCUGAGAGCUUUUAGUCAUUGCUACAGACCAAUCAAUGUCCAAUGGAGAUGGAACUCAUCAACUAUGAUGCCUGAGGAAUACCCUAGUAAACAAAGAGUGCCAUAUUUUCCAUGCAAUGCCGAGGCAUUUGAAAUUCAGUAUCAGGAUAAUGAAUACAAGGCAAACUUUAAAAGCCCCCAUUUGGGAUUCUCAAGAAGAGUACCAUCCCCUGAAAGCAUUAGUGUAUAUUCCAAUUCAUAUCGAGGCCUCAAUUCAUUCGUUGAUGAUUGGGAGCUCAAUUCCCCGAUUUCGGUUGCCUCUUCACUUUGUCAAGAACCUGAGGCAAAUUGUUCAGUUCAUGAUCAUGCACUUCCAGAACAAAUUGUAGAACAAGAUGACGAUGAUGAUGAAGAAGAAGAAAUUAUGAGCUCCUAUGUCAUAGAAGUCAACUCCAGCCUCAGAAGGGAAGAUUGUGAACCAUCAUGCAUUGAUGAAGCAAUUGCAUGGGCCAAAGAGAAGUUUCAAUCAGGAAGCUGUGAUGAAGAAUCAAGCAUGAGAAUUGUUGGAAGUGAGCAAACUAUUUUUUAG